AAUUGUAGCAUAAAAACUAAUGUUUUUGUCCAUUAAUAGUGUACUUUGAAGUGAAUUGAAGAUUGGUAGAAAUGGAAGUGUCGACAAAUAAUAACAAGUCGUUUAUACAGCCUAGACCUUUGUCGGAAUUGUUACCUAGUUUGAGUGCUAUUUUAUCGAAAGAUGCUAUGCGAAACUUGGCCAGCACAAAAAAAGUACCUCGGACAACGACGAUGCAAUCUCGUACCGUAGAAAAGACUAAUAUAAGACCACUGACUCUUGCUGAAAUGAGAGCUGAUAUUCUCGCUCUAAAACCUCGGUCCCCAAGACAUAUGCAAUUGCCAUCAGCAAGGAAACGGGGUUGGAACUCCUCGGUGAAGGUGGACUACAAGAAAAUAAGCCACACUGCAGAUGGUCAGAUGAAGAAUAACCCUGUCAGAAAAGUCCUUAACUUUCAACCUCUCGCUAAGCCUAAGCCUGCAGUCAAUUCAAGGAUGACAAUGGCAGAAAGACUGCAAAAUGUGGAAACUCCUAAAUUCCCUAAGCCUGAGUUUAGGCCUAAAAAAUCAAUCCAUGUACAAGCAAAAAGUCUUGUAAGAAUCAGUGGUGUUGGAGCUAUACCACAAACACCACUUGAAACAAGACCUCCUAUCAGGAACAGGAUAACUAUGACUAAUAAGGAGAACAGUUCACUUCAAGUCAAUGUUUUAAAGAAACAGGCAAAACUGCUUCCCAUGCCUGUUAAGAAAAAAGUUAUAACUCCAAAAAUUGACACUCCACUCAUGAACUCCUCAUGGAAAUCUGGCAGUGAUUCAAGUUUUCUACAAAAAGAGAAGGAAAUCAAUGAAUUAGAAGAAAAAGUUCUAGCAGUGUCAGAAGAACAAACUCUUGAGAAAAUCGCAGAAGUGUCACCACCAAUUUCAACUCCAUUCAAGGAGUACAGAAGUGUCCAGGAAUUCUUCAAUAACUCGAAUUCUAUCGAUAACUCUGCUCUUUACAAUGACACUAUAUUGUGCUUUGAAAAACCUUCAAUUUGUGUUGGGAAUGAAAAAAAGGAAGAAAGUGUUAUUAUGUCUCUUUGUGAUUUGUUCAACAAAGCCACUGUAGUCACAAAAGCUGAGAAAGAGUACACAGAACUUGAUAAUCUAUUGGAAGUUGAAAAGCAAACGGCAAAUAAUAUAAAGAUGCUUGAACGUACUAUUGAAAUAUUGACUAGCAUCAAGAAGUCACACGUCAAUUCUUUGCAAAAUGUUAGGCAACUUAUAGAAGAAAAGAAAAACGUUAGGAAGAAAUCUGAGAGUGAAAAUAACAAGACAUUAGUAGGGGAGUGUAAUGACGUAAAGAAACCAGUGAUAAUGAGGACACCAAGUCCAGAAAAAAGUCCAAUUAUUAGCAGACCAUGUUCAGUGAUCAGAUCAACAAAGUUACCUACUUAUAAGAUCCCUAAAAAGAAUUCUUGUUUGAUAAAAAAGGCGAUAAGUAAAUCAAUGCCAAAUGUUUCAAAAAUCGAAACAACGCCUGUGAAAGAUUUUGAGGGACAAGCUUUGAAUAUGUACAUGAAGAUGAAGGAACAUCUGAACUUUUUGAGCACUCCAAUGGUGAACCGAAAUGUGCAGGUGCCCAACACACCAACACUGACCAGCCAUAACUUGCAGAAACAACUAGAUAAACUCUUUGGAAGCUAGAAUAAUACUGAUAUGUUAAGUUAUUUAUAUAGUUUUUUUUCGAUUAUAUUGAUUUAAUAUAAUAAAUAAUUAUGUUGGACAUAGCUGUUUGGUUAUACACUCCCGGAC